CCAGAAUAUACGUUUUCAUGGAUGUCACAAUGUGAUGUUACGUUCAUGUUUAUUUAGCGACGUCGAGUUUUUGUAGUUUCCGCUUCUGCUACUCUUUUUUGUCGAUUUUCUUGCUGCUGGAGUUUCUGGAUGCCUUUGUCUCUGUACAAAUAAAUCAAAGCAAUGAACACAAAGGAGCCUGUUUUUCUGUAUAACCUGCCUGUUAGUGUCAUUUGUUAACUCGAAAUUAGUGAUCGUAUUGACUGGCUUUGGGAAAGGGGGGUGCCUAUUUGAUAUCAAUCAUUUAGACGAGAACUAAGUGAUUUUGUUUUGUUUUUACGAAAUACAUUGGGAUAUCGGAAUAUUACCACGUUAGGACAAGAUGACAGUAAAAUCAUCGUCAUCAUCACAAAAUGAACAAGUUUUGAAAGUCGAGAGGAAAUACUACGAACAAGAACAGCUAAACACCGAACUAAGGUACUCCAAGCCGGAAAAUAAUGAAUCGAUCAAAUCAAUGGUUUGCAGUAAAAUCCAGCCGAAAAAAUUUUUCCUGAAGACUUUUCCCAUUUUUGUGUGGCUGUCACAUUACAAUAUAAAAGAAGAUUUAUUUGGCGAUGUCAUUGCCGGUUGUACAGUUGCUGUGAUGCAUAUUCCGCAGAGUUUGGGAUAUGCAACGCUUGCCAAAGUACCACCUGUGCUGGGUAUAUAUACAGCGUACAUUCCGGUAAUUAUGUAUUGCAUUUUUGGAACGUCGCGGCAUAAUUCAAUGGGUACAUUUGCCGUUGUUACAAUUAUGAUCGGCAAAGAAGUAUCGACACAUGACUCAUACGAUCCCGUUGUAGUAGCAACUACCCUUUGCCUUAUCGUUGGAACUAUUCAGCUGGCCAUGUACAUCCUUCGUCUCGGAAUCAUAUCAUCUCUUCUGUCCGAAACGCUCGUUUCUGGAUUUACGACCGGAGCUGCUUUGCAUGUGCUCGUAUCUCAGCUUAAAGAUUUGUUUGGCAUUGAGCUUAAGAAGGAAAAUGCCAAUUUCCAAAAUGUUUAUGCAGUCAUUGAACUAUUUCAAAAAUUAAUUGAUAAGAAAUACAACGGGUUGGCCGUUAUAAUAUCGAUCGCUACGAUUUUGCUGAUUGUUUUAAACAAUGAAAUCUUGAAACCAAUUCUGGCAAAACGAUGUCGCGUUCCCGUUCCCAUUGAGUUAAUUGUAGUGGUUGGAGGAACAUUAUUGGCCACUUACACCUCAAUAAUAGACGACUACAAGAUUCGGCCGAUCGGCGAAAUACCAACAGGAUUUCCAAACAUUACAAUACCCAGUACGGCUUUAAUGUCAGAUUUGCUUAUUGGUGGAUUUACAAUUUCUAUGGUCUCAUACACCGUUUCCGUUUCGAUGGCUCUAAUAUUUGCUAAAAAAAUGAGCUAUGAGGUCGACUUCAAUCAGGAACUCCUUGCCAUGGGAAGUGCGAAUGUCGUGGGAUCAUUUCUAUCAUGCUUUCCAGUGAGCGCUUCCCUUUCCCGAUCAACCAUUCAACAAACAGUCGGUGGGCGAACACAAGUAGCUUCGCUAAUAUCUUGUGCAAUUUUAACGUUGGUACUGCUAUGGUGUGGACCAUUCUUCGAAUGUCUGCCAAAGUGUGUGCUUUCUAGCGUUAUCGUCGUCGCGUUGAAGGGGAUGCUACUGCAAACUAAGGAUUUCAUUAAAUUUUACAAGCUCAGUCAUUUGGACGCUGUAGUGUGGAUUGGGACAUUCGUUACGGUGGUUUUCAUAGCCAUCGAUAUUGGUCUCGCUGUGGGAAUUGUAUUGAGCGUCAGUUGUAUUUUCAUCAGAGGAUCGAAGCCCUACACAUGCUUGUUGGGAAAAAUACCGAAAACCGAUUUCUACUUAGACAUUGAACGGUACAAAGUGGCUGAGGAAAUUCCAGGCAUAAAAAUCUAUCACUACUGUGGCAGCUUAAAUUUUGCAUCUCGAAAUGCAUUCAAAAAGAAUCUCUGUGAACAGAUUGGCGUUGAUUUGGCGUUAGAGAAGAAACGGAUGCUCAAGUCUGAGAACUAUGAACCAAUUUAUUUGAAAUGUCUAAUAUUGGACUUUUCGGCGUUAAGUUACAUUGAUCCAUCCGGCGUCACAUCAUUGAUAAUACUGGUGAAAGAGUUUAACAAACUCCAAAUUCUUGUAUUCAUCAGUGGUUGUUCGUGUCCUGUGUACGAAGUUAUGAAAAAGUGUGGCCUCAAAGAGUCAGCGGAUGGUUAUUUCAAAUUCUUUCCAACCGUUUCCGAUGCUGUUCAUCAUGCGCAAGAGGCGUUUGUACAAAUCAGUGUUAUCACAUCGUUAUAACGCAUUUUCAAAUCGUUACGAUUUGGGAAAUUUUUAUUUUAUAUUAAGUCAUUGCACUAAUGACCGACGCUAUUUAUUUGUUAAUUAAAAUCAAUAGUCGCCCA